AAUCUUCUUACAAAGCAAAAGUAGCUAAAGAAAAUCUGACUUCAAAAUGAAAAUAAUUUUUGGAUUGAUGAUUGCUGUUCUCAGCCUGUUUGCCUUAAUUGCUGCAGAAAAACCAGCGGCUUGUUUACAACGCCACUCAUCAAAUGGUGAUGAUGAUACCGAAUGUAGAGGUCUCUUCCGUAUGUGGUCAUACAAUGCUGCCGAAGACAAGUGCGUAAAAUUCAUCUAUGGCGGUUGUGAUGGAAACGAUAACCAAUUCAAAACUAAAGAAGCUUGUGAAGCUACUUGCAGGAAACCUUAGAUUAAGUUGUAAAUUUUUUAAAAGUGUUCGAUGAAUUAAUAAAAAAGAAUGGACUAAGUUUUAAAAACUACAUAAUAUGAUUUUUCACUAAGCACGAAGAAAAUAAA